AUGGAGGCCCAAUAUGCGUAUCAUAUGAACUAUCUAGCGAACCAGAAGCAGGAGCCCUUGCCACUGUUCCCACCCCAGAAGCAGGAGCCCUUGCCACUGUUCCCACCGAAGGCCUCUCUUCAAAGGCCACAGUCGGAGGCAACAGAAUUCUUCGAGGAGGAUGAUUAUCCAGGCUACUCAGAGAGUAUGGUUUCGCUCGGGACGGGAAGCAUAUCCACAGCCUCAACCCCGGACACUGUGACGACCCCAAACUCCACCGGACUGACGGUGUUUGAUUUCCAUAUCGAUGACAGAGAUUUUCGAGGCCCAAGCGGUCCUCACCUGUUUGGCUCACUGGCCGGCUCUGAUGUCCAAUCCACUUCGGACAUAGCUUCACUGCCCUCCCAAACUCCCCUCAGUACCACGGGUCCUUACCACCACAAAGCCUCGAAGUUUGAACCUUUCCGCAGAGACACGCCAGUCCCAAAUCGCUCAACAGGACCAACUCCUGAGCCUCAACAGCGCCAAUAUCCCCAGUCUUCCCGGCAAUCUGCAUACAGCACCAGGGAGACCCUACCUGGUCGGAUUGCCCCUCAGGACUGGACACCUUCAGAUGUCGCGAGAUGGUUGCAAUACCACGGCUUUGACACAGAAAUCUGGGAGACAAUGCUUGAGAAUGAUAUCUCCGGAUCUAUCUUGCUGGAGCUUUCGUUAAACGACAUCAAGAAUGACAUCGGUAUCAAAUCAUUUGGGAAACGACACCGACUCAUGGGCUGUAUUCAGAAUCUGAAAAACAGCAGCGCGUAUACUACCACAGACACUGCUUCUUCCCGCUCUCGCAAUUCGAGUAUCUCUAGCGGCGUGCCAUCUACUCGAAACACAUCCGUCAUGUCAGCCAACAGCUACCAUUCAUGCUCAACUUCCAACGCAGACGCAGUUAAGGCGAAUCCCCGGACUCGUCGUCAGAACUCCGACGGCAAUGUGGGCAAGGAAAGCGACCUCGUCCCUAGUGAUUCUGUGUCUAUCGUUGCCAUCGAGCAGCUUCUACCAAAGCUGCAUCAAUGCUCCAAGGGUGAAGCGUGCCGUAAGUGGCAGAAGCAGCAAGACAGACUUGCUCGUCUUGCUCGUGACUUGCCAUUCGAGAAUUUCGGAUCUGGGCGCAUCGUUGCGGGGGAUCCUGGAAACCCCCAGACAGCCCCAAAUCUAUUCCAGUCUGCCAGGUCCGAGGCUACUCCUCCAUCGCUUGUCGCGUCCUCGGAUAUCAUGGGAUCCGCCAAGCCCUCCGCCUACCAGCUUUCCCGAGAAACGUUGAAUGAGGUCAAACCAAGAGAUCCUCAGGAGAACGUGCGAAACUUCUUGAACUUCCAGAGUCUCGACCGAUUGCAAACAUCCAAUCAACCUGGAACUCCCCCGCUCGGAGAUGCUUCCUCGUCUGAGUUGGAUCCUUACGAUUCAGCGAAAGUUACACCUACACUUGCGGACAACCUUCGUCAUCUCCCGAAGUUGAGAAUCCCUAGUAUGCACGAUUCCAGUGAUGGAUCUGUCUUCACCGAAAACAUAUCCGCUCUACGUACUAUCACCCCGUCUGUCAUGUCCAGAAGGCACCAUUUCAAUGAUUACUCUGCCGUUACCAGCCGACAGACAUCUGUUGCCCAUGAUGUCACAGCCUCCCCUGGAGAUUUCUACCGGAAUGAUCCUUGCUAUCGAUCCGAAACCCCAUUUUCGGAUGCAGAUGCGCCGAUAACUGCAGUGCCGAUUGGGCCAGUCGCACGAGAGGAGUCGCAAUCCGUCCCUCCAAAUAUGCGCUUCGGCAAUAACAGACACGUGAUGCAAGAGGCAAUCACUCGCCCAACUUCAACGAGGAUGGCGGAACCCCAUUGGCGACAGCCCCCAAUUCAAGGUGCCGUUACAAUGGAACCUCCCAAAGAAACCCAUGUCAUGAGUCCAAUUGAGACUCCGGAGGAUCUCCAUAAGACACCCCGCGCACCUCAAGUCCGGAACAACGUUUUGUCCCCCUUCAUCAGGCGUGGACAAGACGAUGUGACUCACAGUGGAUGGAUGAAGAAGCGCAAAACGACCAAACUCCUACGCCAUGACUGGGAAGACCAUCACUUUACGUUGAAAGGCACGCAGCUCUCCAUGCGUGAUGACGAUCUCGACCACCACAACUCUAAAGCUUUGGAAUACAUCGAUGUGGACGACUACGCAGUCGCAUGUUCCUCAUUUACCACGAAGUCCAAGCUGACGGCAGCAUUCAGGAAAACAGUCCUCAAGCAUAAUCAAGACCCACGGGAUGUGUCCGCAUUCUCAUUUUCGCUGAUCCCCACAUCCAAUGGCAGCGGCUUUGUUGACCGGAAGACCAAGUUCUUGAACAGUGGGAAGUCGCAUCAUUUUGCUGUUAAGACUCGUGACGAACGCAUCGACUGGAUGCGAGAGCUUAUGCUGGCCAAAGCUCUCAAGCGUGGUCGAGAUGCUGGUGCAGAGCUCACAUUCAAUGGUGCCAAUAUGAUAUAA